AUGGCGACUAAACGUAAACCCGAGUGCCAGAUCCCUGCCGAAGAGAGCGAUCAGUUGAUCAUUCGGCCCUUGGGGGCUGGACAGGAGGUUGGUCGUUCGUGCAUUAUGAUGGAGUUUAAGGGAAAAAAGAUUAUGUUGGAUUGUGGCAUCCAUCCUGGACUUAAUGGAUUCGCUUCAUUGCCUUUCCUGGAUUUGGUUGAAGUGGAAGAAGUGGACUUAUUGUUGCUAUAUUCAUCCACAUUCAUCUCUCCCACAUUUUUUUCUCAUCUCUCAUCAUCUAUCUCUCUCUCUAUCUAUCAUCCAUCUCUCUCUCUCUCUAUCUAUCUAUCUCUCUAUCUAUCUCUCUCUAUCAUCUCUCCAUCUAUCUAUCUCCAUCCAUCCUCUAUCUAUCUCUCUCUCUCUCUCUAUCAUCUAUCUCUCAUCUAUCUAUCUCUCUAUCUCUCAUCUAUCUCUAUAUCUAUCUAUCUAUCUCAUCUCUAUCUAUCUCUCUAUCCAUCUCCCUCCAUCUAUCUCUCUCAUCUAUCUCUCCCUCAUCUAUCUCAUCUAUCUCCAUCAUCAUCCCCAUCCAUCUAUCUCAUCUCUAUCCAUCCCCAUCCUCUCCAUCUCUCUCCUCCAUCCCCCAUCCAUCCCCAUCCAUCUAUCUAUCUAUCUCCCCAUCCAUCUCUAUCCAUCCCCCCAUCUCUAUCUCUCUAUCCAUCCCCAUCCAUCCUCCCCAUCCAUCCAUCUAUCUCUCAUCCAUCUCCAUCCAUCAUCUCUCUAUCCUCCCCAUAUCAUCUAUCCAUCCAUCCAUCCAUCUCAUCAUCCCUCUCCCCAUCCCCAUCUCUCCAUCCUAUCUCCAUCAUAUCUCUCCCCAUCCAUCUCUCUCUCUCUCUCUCUCUCCAUCUCUCCCCAUCUCUCUCUCCUCUCUCUCCAUCUCCAUCUCCCCUCUCUCCCCAUCCAUCUCUCUCCAUCCAUCUCUCCCCAUCUCUCAUCUAUCCUCUCAUCUCAUCUCUCCCCAUCCUCCCCAUCAUCUCCCCAUCCAUCCAUCUCCUCCAUCCAUCAUCCUCUCCAUCUCCUAUCCCCAUCUCCAUCUCUAUCAUCCAUCCCCAUCAUCUCUCCAUCUAUCUCCAUCCAUCCCAUCUAUCAUCCCCAUCCAUCCCCAUCCAUCUCCCAUCCUCUCUCUAUCCUCUCUCCCCAUCUCUCCCCAUCAUCCCCAUCUCCCCCCAUCAUCUCUCCCCUCCAUCUCUCCAUCCAUCCCCCAUCUCCUAUCCCCAUCCCCUAUCCAUCCUCAUCUAUCCCUAUCCUCUCAUCCAUCUCCCCCUCCUCUCCCUAUCUCUCCCAUCUCCCCUCUCUCUCUCCCCAUCUCUCUAUCCAUCUCUCCUAUCUCCCCCAUCCAUCUCUCUAUCUCUCUAUCUCUCCUAUUUUAUCUCUCCUCUCCCCCCAUCUCUCUUCUCCUCUCUCUCUCUCCCAUCUCUCCUCCCCUUUUUCUCUCUUUUCUCUCUCUCUCCCCUCUCUCUCCUCUCUCUAUCUAAAAUUGUCUUUUCUUUUUCAGUUUCCAUUUGGAUCAUUGUGGUCUAUCCCUCUCUCUUACUUUUUAGAAAAAGACAGCUUUCUAAAAUUGUCUUUUUCUUUUCAGUUUCCAUUUGGAUCAACAAGGCUACUUUUAGAAAAGACAGCCAGAUGUUUCAUGUUACAUCUCUAUUUGAUUAUGUCAAAGUCAGUAACAUUGCCACUGAAGACAUGUUGUACACCGAAAAAGAUAUUGAGAACAGCAUGGACAAAAUAGAAACCAUCAACUUUCACCAGGAAAAAGAUGUAAAUGGCAUAAAAUUUUGGUGCUACACAGCUGGGCAUGUUUUAGGGGCAGCUAUGUUCAUGAUUGAAAUUGCUGGGGUCAAGGUUUUGUACACAGGAGAUUUCUCUAGACAAGAAGACCGUCAUUUGAUGGCUGCUGAGAUCCCUUCAGUACGGCCUGAUGUAGUCAUCAUUGAAUCAACUUAUGGCACACACAUCCAUGAAAAAAGAGAGGACAGAGAAGCUCGUUUUACAGGCUUAGUUCAUGAUAUUGUCAGCCGAGGUGGGCGAUGUUUGAUUCCGGUUUUCGCUCUUGGGCGAGCUCAAGAGCUGCUCCUGAUUUUAGAUGAAUAUUGGUCAAACCACCCAGAGUUACACGAGACCCCAAUCUAUUAUGCCUCUUCUCUAGCAAAAAAAUGUAUGAGUGUCUACCAAACUUACAUCAAUGCUAUGAAUGACAAGAUUCGGCGGCAGAUCACCAUCAGCAAUCCUUUCGUCUUCAAACACAUUUCUAAUUUAAAAAGCAUGGAACAUUUUGACGAUAUUGGGCCCUCAGUGGUGUUGGCCAGUCCCGGUAUGAUGCAAAGUGGCCUGUCACGAGAAUUGUUUGAGAGUUGGUGUAUAGACAAGCGAAAUGGAGUAAUUAUUGCUGGUUAUUGUGUGGAAGGAACUCUUGCCAAGCAUGUGUUAUCAGAACCUGAUGAAAUUGUGACAAUGACUGGACAGAAAUUGGCACUCAGAUGUUCCGUAGAUUAUAUCUCAUUCUCUGCCCAUACAGAUUACCAACAGACAAGUGAAUUCUUACGAGCCUUAAAACCUCCCCAUGUUGUUCUGGUUCAUGGAGAACAGAAUGAGAUGAACCGUCUCAGAGCAGCCUUGAUCCGUGAGUAUGAAGAUGAUGAGAAUUAUCGGAUGCAUGUAAAUAAUCCCAGAAACACAGUGGCAGUGGAACUUCACUUCCGUGGAGAGAAAAUGGCAAAGGUGGUUGGCGCGCUGGCUGCGGAGAAACCAGAACAAAACCACAAAAUUGCUGGCAUCCUUGUGAAAAGGAAUUUUAACUACCACAUCAUGGCACCUGCUGACCUACCAAAUUAUACAGACCUGGCCAUGAGUACAGUAAUGCAGAGGCUGAGCAUUGCCUACACUGGGACAAUUCCUCUAUUGCACUUCUAUCUCAGCCAGCUGGCCCGUGAUAUUGAGGAGCUUCCUGAGAAACGGACACUGAAGGUGUUUGGCUGUGUCACUGUCCAGGUGGAGCCUCGAAUGGUUAUUGUAGAGUGGAAUAGCAAUCCCGUUACAGACAUGUAUGCUGAUGCUGUUGUGACUGUGAUCCUGAGAGCAGAGUCGGACCCAAUGCCACAGAAAAAUGUGCCGCCCCCUCUGGACUUCAGCCAAGAACAUUUCCAGGAUUGUCUUUCAAAAAUGCUAACAGACAUGUUUGGAGAAGAGGCCAUUUGCGAGAUGGAAGAAACGGAUAUAAUGAAGCUGUCUGUGGAUAACAAGAAGGCAUCAAUAAAUGUUAAAUCUCUUGAAGUGACUUGUGAGGACACAACUUUAUCGCAGACGCUCGAAACUGCAGUGACCAAAUUCUAUCACGCAAUCAUGCCAAUUAAGGAUUUCACACCUGAAGAAUACAUAUUUUCGGUUGUUUUCUGCUUCCUUAUUUUUGUCGUCUCCCCCUUCCUAUCUCCCACCAUCUUUUCUCUCUCUCUAUCUCUCUCUCUCUCUCUCUCUCUCUCUCUCUCUCUCUCUUGUGGUUUCUUUUUUUUUUUUUUCAGCAGCGACGUUGCUGGUGGCAUCAAGGAAAACCUAAACACUAAUCAAACUUUUACCGAAGGAAACAUGCAGGCACACACACUCUCUCUCUCUCUCUCUCUCUCUCUCUCUCUCUCUGUCUCUCUCUCUCUCUAA